CAUCAGCCGAAGUCCCAGGCCCACACAAUCGUCGUGAAUCUCACCACUCCCGCAGGGAAGUAACAAGUGCCAGUUACUACUACUGAUCAUCAGUACAUUAACUGUCGGCGUGCAAGGCACACUCCAUUCGGCAGCGCGCGCAAAUGGCCACCAUGGGCGCCUUCCGGACCUUCCUCCUCUCCUACCCGGAGAUCCUCCUGGCCGCUCUCUGCUUCCUCUCCCUGGCCGCCCUCCGCCUCGCUCUGCGGUGCCGCGGCAGCAGCGUGCCGCUGCGAUGGCCGGUCGUCGGCAUGCUCCCGUUCGUGCUCAGCAACCUCGGCCACCUCCUGGACGCCGCCACCGCCGCGCUCAGGGACUCGGGGUGCAUGUUCGUGUUCCGCGGGCCGUGGCUCGUCGGCGGCGACUUCCUCGUCACGUGCGACCCGGCCGCCGUGCACCACUGCCUCGCGGCCAACUUCGACUGCUACGACAAGGGCCACGACUUCGCCGAGAUGUUCGACGUCGCCGGCAACGGGCUGCUGAACGCGGACGCCGUGUCCUGGGCGCGGCAGCGGCAGGUCGUCGCCACCGUCUUCGCCGCCCCCGUGUUCCGCUCCUUCGUCAUAUCCACCGUCGCGCGGCAGACGGCGCGGCUCCUGCUGCCGUUCAUGGACCACGCCGCCGCGGCCGGGCGCGCCGUCGAGCUCGAGGACGUGUUCAUGCGCUUCUCGCUCGACGUCUCCUACGCCGUGGUGUUCGCCGCUGACCUCGACUCGCUGACCGUCUCCGCCGCCGACGCCCCGUACCCGCCCUUCGGCCAGGCGACCAGGAUCGCCGGGGAGGCCGUCAUGUUCCGGCACGUCGUGCCGGCUCGGUGGUGGAAGCUGCUGAGGUGGCUCAACGUCGGCAUCGAGAGGAGGUUCGCCGAGGCCAAGGCGGUGCUCGACGAGUUCGUCUACCUCGAGAUCGCGAACCGCAAGGCAAAACCUCUCCCCCAAGGAGAAGGACAAGGCGGCGACCUGCUGUCCAUGUACAUGGCGUGGCCAAGGGACCCCGCCAUGACCGACCGGCAGAGGGACGAGUUCCUCCGCGACGCCGCCGUCGGCUACAUGAUCGCGGCCAAGGACCUCGUCGCGUCCGCGCUCACCUGGCUCUUCUACAUGCUCUGCACGCACCCGCACGUGGAAGACAAGGUCCUCGCCGAGCUCGAGUCGCUGCGCGCCAACGCCGCGUGCUGCGGCGGUAAACCGGUCGUGUUCGACUGCGACACGCUCCGGUCGGCGACCUACCUCCACGCGGCGGUGCUGGAGACGCUGCGCUUGCACCCGCCCGCGCCGUUCGAGGAGAAGGAGGCGCGCGCCGACGACGUGCUGCCGGACGGCACGAGGGUGACCAAGGGCACCAGGAUCCUCUUCUGCAUCUACGCCAUGGGCAGAGUGGAGGGGAUAUGGGGCGACGACUGCCGGGAGUACCGGCCGGAGCGGUGGCUGUCCGGCAGCGGCCGGGUCCGGCACCAGCCGAGCUACAAGUUCGCAGCCUUCAACUGCGGGCCCAGGAGUUGCCUGGGCAAGGACCUGGGGCUCAUCAACCUCAAGAUCGCCGCCGCGGCCAUCAUAUAUAACUUCCGGGUGGAGCUCGUCGACGGCCAUGUGGUGGAGCCCAGCGACUCGGUGGUGCUCCACACCAAGAACGGCCUCAUGGUUAAGCUCAAGAGAAGGGAAGUGGCUUGAUGAAGAUGAAUGAAGUCAGGCUUUUCGAUGCAUAUUCUGAUAUUCAUAUACACAAAGUGGAGUGAAUUAGUACCAAAUUACAUGUCAUACAAAUACUUAUGACAGUGUCAUCUAUGUUUGUCGAUCUGGAUUUAUCAUAGUUUCAAAUGGUAUUGUAAAAAACCGAAGUAUUGAAAACUAUAGUAUAUUAACCUGUUGGUGCAA